AUGUAUUAUGUUAGCAGAGUAAGCGUUGCAAGGUUGUCCUAUAACACUGUUUCAAAGAUAUUACUCUGUUCGUAAAAAUAAACUCUGCAUUAAUAGGAUUUUAAAUCUAAGUUUAAAUUUAUUUUGCCUAAAUAUUAUUUUUAGUUACAAACCGGAAUAACAUUGACGUUCCACUUGUCUUCAUUCAUAUUGACUGUUGCUGUUAUGUCAUUUCAUGUUGACAAAAUUAUCAAGAAAAGUUAUGGUUUUCAAAGCUUAGAUAAAAAUCAAUUGUGCAUAUUAAGUUGUAAGUUAUAUUUCAACGUAUGAAUGAUUUUAAACUAUGACAGCCCUUAAAUGUGUUUAAUUUUAGGCGGGUUAAUAGCAUUCACUUUUUUCACAGCUGCAAUUGUUGCGACCGUCAUGAACAUGACAUAUGUACUUCUUAUAGGAUCGUAUUUGGUGUUAGAUUCAGUGUCGUUUAUGUUACUGUGUAUAACCUAUUACAAACAACGAGAAAAAGUAAGAGAAUUAUUUUUUAAGCUUACUAAAAGACAGUGCUGAGAUAAUCAAAGCAGAUCCAAAAACAUACUGGCAUAUCGAAAUACCUGUAAUACAAAAGUUUUAGAUGGAACGCUUCGUUGAAUACACCCUAAACUUAAACAGAUCUGAAGGGUUGUUACUCACGGAACAGAAUGCUAUGGACUUAUGUCGCUUGCAAGCAGGAAACGCAGAGUUCAGAGGAAUGGUGCAAACUGGUCGAUAUCGACAGCAACUGGAAACGAUACGUAUUGCUGAGUACUACCAUUUACAAAAAUGGUAAGUUUAUGGCUUCAAAUCAAAAGUAAUGUUUACAACUUGAUGAAAUACUUCAUAAAAUUUAUCAUAUAAAACUGUCAGUAAUCCAAAAAUGUUUUAAAUCACGAAAUACUUUAUAAUUUUUAGGUGUGCUGAACUAGAACGGCUAAAACAAGCAGAAGGGCCCGAGUUGAAGUUACACAGAAUCGACGUUUUAAUUAAGGAAAUAGAAGAACGCGCCCAGGUAUUUGGUUUAAGUACAUUGGAAGCUAUCCGGUGGCGAGAGUUGGCUUCAUUUCCAAAAUUAGUGUUACCUGAUGAAAAGGAUCACGUCGAUUACGACAGCUACCGAAGCGAAACCAACAGUUCAAGACCUUUUCUUUCAAAAUCACCAUAUUCAGAUUUAG